AAGUGGUUUGUGUGCUGCUGUGUGACAAUAAACAUCGCUGUUCUUUCUAGCAGUGCGGACUGUAAAGGAGAAGCUUACACACGCACGCACGCACGCGCGUACACGCUCCACUCUACUUCGUACCGCACACCAAGAUUUUUAACGGGAAGCGCGCGCAGAUGUGUUUGUGUGUGUGUGAGCAUUGAGUGGGGUUUUCUAUAGGGCGCGUGACACCGGAGUGGAUCAGCGUCUCUAUCUGAAGCUGUUGCUGAUUAUCCAGCCAGCGUAGUCGGCUCAUUAAGAUUACACAGCGUAAGCAGAAGAGGGAGCAGCUCACCUCAUCAUUCCAGAGCGUUUGACCCUCCGGCGAUCGGCUGUUUACACACCAGAGCAGCAGUGAAUGUUAAACCUCGGAUGAAAAUCUCCAGCUGAAAUGAACCCUGACACUCUGCUCCCAGAGCUGCUUCCAUUAAAUCGUGCUCUUAUUGUUGAGUUGUUGACUUAACCACAUGAAUGGAAGAUUUCCAUUCUUCAUUUUAACUUUUCACUAGCAAUUUUCAUCCCAAAUCUUCUGGCAUGCCUUCAAAAACCUCCAAAAACGAGUCAUUGGCAAAUUAAUGCCGUCUUUUCUUUUUUAACCUCUGGGAUCUUGGAUCGACUGAAAAUGUUCUACCUAACCCACAGGAGGCUUCACGCUCUGAUGCUGAUCUUCAGCCUCGUUUCUUUGGCCACGUUUUUAUUUCGAGAUACCUCGUUUUUCUUCGGCCCAUUUCAGAACGUCGGUAGUAGGUCGUGUGGGUGCCGUUCCUGCGUUUGGGACACGGAGAAGGAGGACCCGUGGUUCAGCGAGAGGUUCAACCAGUCUGUUCUUCCCCUGCUGUCCAGAUCGAAUAGAGAGCUCAGUGAGGAAACCUACAGGUGGUGGCUGUCACUUCAGGGUGAGGAAAAUCCAUCUAACCUGAAUGUAGUGACGGACAGGUUAUUUCAGUUUGUUCCUGGAGAGCAGCGCUACGUGGAUGCCGGACCUUCCAGAUGCCGUUCCUGCUCCGUGGUGGGAAACUCCGGAAAUCUCCUCUUGUCCCAUUAUGGAAAACUGAUCGAUUCCAGCGACUUCGUCUUCCGGAUAAAUGAAGCUCCGACGCUGGGUUUUGAGCGUGAUGUGGGUCACAGGACCACGCACCACGUGAUGUAUCCCGAAAGCGCCAUCAAUCUACACAACUCCAGCACCAGCUUGCUGUUCGUCCCGUUUAAAACCCUCGACCUGGAGUGGAUCAUCAGCGCCCUCACUUCUGGGAAUAUUACCUUCACCUACAUGCCGGUCAUACCAAAGAUCAAUGUUAAAAGAGAUCAUGUGUUGGUGUAUAACCCAUCAUUUAUGAAGUAUGUGUAUGAAGUGUGGUUGGAGGAUCACGGCCAGUAUCCAUCAACAGGCUUCCUGACGAUCAUCUUCGCCCUGCACGUCUGUGAUGAGGUGAAUGUUUUCGGCUUUGGUGCCGAUCCCGAGGGGAACUGGCAUCAUUACUGGGAGGAGAACUCGAUGAGCGGCGCGUUCAAGGAGACGGGCGUCCACAACGCCGACUAUGAGUACAACAUGACGCGACUCCUCGCUCAGAAGGGCAAAAUCAGGCUGUUUAAAGGCUUCUAGUCUCCAGAAAUAAGCAGCUCUCACGGUUCAGCUCAUAGUUUCUCCGACCUGAAACAGGAAGUGUGGUGAGAGCAAGCAGGGGUAAAGGGUUUCCCUCGAGCAGCACUGAGAUUCGAGAUUCAGCCUCCUGGCAGAGUGCUGGCAGAUGGUCUGCUCUUCAGCUGAAAGCUACAUGCUGGUGAUUUGUCUCACAACUACUCACUUCCUGGUUUCUCCGAGUCUCAACGCACUGGAAUGCAGUGACCGCAGAGUGAAGGACUGAGUUAGGGUUAGGGCUAGGGUUAGGGUUACGGUUCAUUCAUUUUAAUUACUUCCUGUUUCUCAGAUUUGACUGUUUUGUUUUUUUUUUCUAGAGGAUAGACAACUGUUAUAGCACUCAGUAAUCAGUUCCUGUUUUUAGAGGUAUUAAUUCAUAGGUAUUUCCUGGUUGUAAGAUUUCAGAGGUCCAGUUGAUUUUCUUUGAGCCACACCAUGCUUUUAUUGAAUUCAUGUGUCUAUUUAUACAUUUAAUUUAUCUUUUGCAUCUCUGAACUUCUAGAAAUAAAGAAUAAAGUCUCCUUCUCAGAAGCCAGAAUGAACCUGAUGUCAGUCUCAGAGGCUCCGCCCACAUCCAGCAUCACAGUCUUGCAGGUUGCAGUUUGAUUGGCUGCUUCCUGCUCUGUGUGUGAGGUUACGCACUUUGUGUUACAAAUAAAUAGAGAAAGAAAGAGAGUGAUUUGGAGACAGAUGGAGAGACAGACGGAGUGAGACUGUUCCAAAGUCUGUAAUUCACCUUUUUGCAAUACAAAUAUUGGCAUUUGUCAUGCCAACCUUAGAGUCCUAAAAGACAGAGAGAGCAAAAGAGGGACAGACAGGCAGAGAGACAGAGACAGACUGAGAAACAGGCAGGCAGACUGAGAGACAUAAAAAAGAGAGAGACAAACAUACAGACAGAGAGACAGACUAACAGAAAGACAGACUGAGAGACAGGCAGAAAGAGGGAGAAAGACGAAUAACAGUCAGGCAGAAUAAGAGACAGAUGGGCUGAUAAUCAAACAGAAAGAGAGACUGACUGAUAGUCAGACACAAUGACAGACAGACAGACAGACAGACAGACAGGUUUAUAGUGUAUGAUUAUAGUGUGGUGUUCAGACUCGUAUCUUCCUAAGUGCCUUCAGUGACUCUGUGCUUUGAAGCUUCAUUCUCUACAUAAUGAAGUGUUUUACAGCUGUGAAAGCUUCAGCUCUGUAACUUUCCUGCUUUAUAAACAGCAUUUAAUAAACACUCCUGCUCAAAA